AUGGCACACAAUGGAUAUUCCGCGGCUGGCCUGCUUUGCGGCUUUGCUUUCUUCCUGCAGCUGCUUCACACCGUUAAUGGAGACAUCAACUUUUCUAUUCCCGAGGAAAUGAAACCCGGAUCCGUCAUAGGAAAUAUAGCAAAGGACCUCGGGUUGAACGUGGGGAAAUUAUCUAAUCGAAAGGCCCGCAUUGACAGCGACCUGAACCGUGAACGGUACUGUGACAUUAAUCUGAACACUGGUGAUUUGAUUGUUGCUGAACGAAUUGACAGAGAGACGCUUUGCGGCGAAAAGGCAUCGUGUAUUCUGAAAUUUGAGUUAAUCUUAGAGGCACCUCUUGAGUUGCACCGUAUUUCACUCCAAAUACACGACAUAAACGAUAAUCCGCCUGUUUUCACUAAAGAAGAAAUCAAGAUAGAAAUCAACGAAUUAGCAGUAAAAGGGUCUCGCUUUCGUGUUUUGGAGGCACACGAUAUAGAUAUUGGUCAAAACACUGUUCAAAGCUAUACAUUACAGGCAAACAAUUAUUUAUUGUUAAAAAUUCAGUCGGAAUCAGAUGGUGGGAAAUUUGCAGAGCUAGUGUUAAAUAAGGAAUUAGACCGCGAGGAACAGCAGGAAUUGAGAUUGUUGCUCACUGCUCUAGAUGGAGGCAGUCCUCAAAGA